UCUACCUUUACCUAUGAUGUUACAAGUAACUACAAACCCUAACACCUCUCUUUCUCGCUAUAUAAAAUACAGUAUCACAAACCAUCAAUUCGCUGUAAAAUCUGAGUUUUUACUCCAGUGUUUUUUUUUACUCUGUGUAAUUUCUCUUUCUAGAACGAGGAGAGGGAAUGGCUCUCCCAGGCAUCAGCUCAGCUCUCUCUUCCAAUUUCCUUGUGAAAACCCAUUUCAUUCCAUCUUCCUCCAAACCCAACUCUCGCUCCCACCUCCCCAUUAAUCAAAACAGUAAUACAAGACCAAUCCGCCGCAUCUCGGCCGUCCAUUCCGACGACCCAUCUCCCGAAGAGUGGACUGUCGAUAGCUGGAAGUCGAAACGGGCUCUCCAGUUGCCGGAAUACCCCGACGAGGCCGAGCUCGAAUCGGUCCUGAAAGACCUAAAAUCGUUCCCUCCGAUUGUGUUCGCCGGCGAGGCUCUGACACUUGAAGAGCGGCUGGGCCAGGCCGCCCUCGGGAAUGCCUUUCUGAUGCAGGGAGGGGAUUGCGCGGAGAGCUUCAAGGAAUUCACUGCCAACAACAUUCGGGACACCCUUCGGGUGCUUCUUCAGAUGGGUGUGGUUCUCAUGUUUGGUGGACAAAUGCCUGUCAUCAAGGUGGGAAGAAUGGCUGGUCAAUUUGCAAAGCCAAGAUCAGAUCCCUUUGAAGAGAGAGAUGGAGUGAAGCUGCCGAGCUACAGAGGGGAUAAUGUGAAUGGGGAUGCCUUUGAUGAGAAAUCAAGAAUUCCAGACCCCCACAGGAUGACCAGGGCGUACCUUCAAUCUGUAGGAACACUAAACCUUCUUAGGUCUUUUGCUACUGGAGGCUAUGCUGCCAUGCAGAGGGUUACUCAGUGGAAUCUCGAUUUCACCGAGCACAGUGAGCAGGGGGAUAGGUAUCUUGAAUUGGCUCACCGAGUUGAUGAGGCCCUAGGGUUCAUGGCUGCUCUUGGACUCACAGUUAGCCACCCAAUCAUGUCCACAACAGAAUUCUGGACAUCCCAUGAGUGUUUGCUUCUGCCUUAUGAGCAGGCAUUUACAAGGAAGGAUUCAAUUACUGGUCGUUAUUAUGACUGCUCAGCUCACAUGGUUUGGGUUGGGGAACGCACACGGCAACUGGAUGGCGCCCAUGUUGAGUUCCUUAGAGGAGUUGCCAACCCACUUGGCAUCAAGGUGAGUGAUAAGAUGGACCCAAAUGAGUUAGUUAGGCUAAUUGAAAUUCUGAAUCCUCAGAACAAGCCUGGAAGAAUAUCAAUCAUUACAAGAAUGGGAGCUGAGAAUAUGAGAGUGAAGCUUCCCCAUCUGAUUAGGGCAGUCCGCAGUGCAGGUCAGAUUGUCACUUGGGUUAGUGACCCAAUGCAUGGGAACACCAUAAAAGCUCCUUGUGGACUUAAAACCCGUUCCUUUGAUUCAAUCAGGGCUGAGUUGACAGCAUUCUUCGAUGUGCAUGAUCAAGAAAAAAGCUACCCAGGAGGAGUUCAUCUGGAGAUGACCGGGCAGAAUGUGACGGAAUGCGUUGGAGGCUCACGAACUAUCACAUACAAUGAUCUGAGCUCGCACUACCAUACCCAUUGUGACCCAAGGCUCAAUGCUUCCCAAUCUUUAGAGCUUGCCUUCAUUAUUGCAGAGCGGCUACGAAAAAGACGGCUUGGAUGAUUGGAUCACAGCACACAGGCUCUAGGAGGAGAGAGAGUUUGCUAUACAUUACAUGUAUUUUGCGCCUUCUUUUAAGGUGAUAUCCAUGUAUAUACUAGAAAAAGUGAAUCAAGGUCACUUUUGACUUUUGGCAAAAGUGAGAAAGUGAAUUAGAGAGGUUUUGAAUAUUGAGAUGAUGUAUGUCGCCAUCUUGACUGAAAUUUCAGAUUAUGCAAUAAAAUAUAUUCUUUUAUUCAA